UGUUUACACCAUGAAAUCAAGACCUCUUACCACAGCACUUAAAGAAUUGUUGCAAAGCACUGUAGUGUACUCAAGGAGAAGACUGCAUAGAGAGCAGAGCUUUUAAGGACUCUCUACACAAUUAUACUACUUAGUAAGGUGCACUAUGGCAGCAGCCAGGGUAUCGGUGCCUGGUCUGCACACAACGGCUGUGGACACAAAAGACUACAGUGCUUACACAAACAUGUCUGAGGAGGAACUCCUGCAAGUGGCUAUAGAGUUAAGCCUAGCUGAGGCCAAGCCAACAAUGUGGCAGAAUCGGUACAUCCGCUCACACACACAGCCCCCACCUGCUCAAUAUCCCAGUGUCCAGCGCCGACAGAAUCUCCCUCCCCCUGCUGACCCUCCUGCUAACUCACCGGUCAACCUUUCUGCAAACCCUCCCAGUGAAAAGGAAUGCACAAAAAUCGACAGAGAUGUUCAUAACCAUUACUUCAGCAAGGACAAGAAUGAAGUGAUUGCUUGGACAAGACAAAAUGGAUACCUGCAGGUUACUGUAGAGCCCAUGAAGAAUUUAGACCCUUUUCUUUCAUCUAUCUGGAAAGGGGAUGCCAAAGCUUUAAGAAAGAUAGUACAGGAGAAAUCUAUAAAUCUGACUGAAGAUAAUAAAGAUGGGUGGAUACCCCUGCAUGAGUGUGCUUACUAUGGCCAUGUUGAGUGCUUGAAGGUAUUGUUAGAAGCCAAACCAGAGACCAUCAACAAUCGCACUCUCAGGAAUCAGACUCCCCUUCUUCUGGCUGUGGGCCGCAAACAUUUAGCUUGCGUCCAGUACCUGUUGGAGAAGGGUGCAGAUCCUAACCUUGCAAACAGCCAAUGGGAAACUCCAUUAUACAAAGCUUGUGAAAAAGGGUUUGAAGAGGCUGUCGGGCUUCUGUUAAGGUACGGCGCAACAGCAACCAAGUCCUGUGUGCAAGGUGGAACCCCACUACAUGAAGCUGUGAUCAACAAAAACCUGCAAGUCUGCAAAAUGCUACUGCAGUCAGGGGCAAAGCUGAUGUCUAGAAACAUUUAUGGCAUUGACUCUCUGUUUACAGCAGCCCAGUGUGGUGCAACUGAAGUGCUUAGCUUCCUACUUAUGAAAGGAGCGGAUGUCAACACCCAGGCUAAUGAUGGUGCCUCAGCCUUGUUUGAAGCAUGUAAAAAUGGUCAUGAGGAAGUUGUAGGGAUUCUCCUGUCAAAGAGGGCUGAUGUUAACAAAUCCAACAAAGCUGGACUGCUUCCUAUUCAUGUUGCUGCUAAAAAUGGACAUGAUGGGAUUGUUGCCAUGCUGAUACCAAGAACUAGCAGGGCAAAGAUAAGACACUGUGGGAUCAGUCCUCUCCAUCUAGCAGCAGAGCGCAACAGAGAUGACAUUCUAGAGACUCUGAUAAAUGCUGGCAUGGAUGUCAACUUCAUCCUGUCAGAUAACUGGUCAAAAAUGUAUGAGGACCGUCGCAGUACUGCCCUUUACUUUGCUGUGGUCAACAGUAACAAUGAGGCAGCUGCUAUGCUCUUGGAGGCCGGUGCCAACCCAAAUCUAGAUAUCUUCAACCCCUUGCUUGUGGCUGUGAGAAAGAGUUGUUUGGAGAUGGUCAAGUUGCUGGUCAAGCAUGGUGCUAACGUUAAUGCUGUUCUCCCAACACACCCCACCACCUUUCCAGCUGCUUUGAUUUUUUGCACAGAAUACAUGCCAAUGCUUAAGUACCUGAUGGACAAUGGUUGUGAUGCCCUGUCAUGUUUUAAGUGUAAUUAUGGCAGCAAAACUCAUCCAUCCCUCAAACCCCAGAGAAAUGGAAGAGAGGGGCAAUAUUAUAUCAGUGAUGAACAUUCAGAAGAUUGUAUACAGUUCUGUGAGUUGGUCUCUAACCCCAAGACAAGUUUAUGGGUGGGACCCAUCAUAGAUGUGUUGCUGGAUUAUGUGGGUCAUGUAAAACUCUGUUCCCGAGUCAUUGAGCACCUGGAUGGUUACAGUGACUGGGCCAUCAUCAAAGAGAAAUCAAUGCCUCCCCGGCCUUUGAUGCAUCUCUGCCGGCUAAAGAUUCGUCAGCAAAUGGGCAUAAACAGACUGAGGCGCAUCAACACUCUCCCUCUACCUGAAAGACUGAUCAAGUUCUUAAGUCAUAGGCGAGAAUAUUUUGGUGACAUUCUGUGAAGGGAAAGCCAGAAAUGAUGUCAAAAAUACAAAAUAGUCUUUGUCUUCCUUAUUGUUGCUAUUUAGCAAUAACAAAACAUGCUUUUUUCUGUUUAUAUACUGAAUGAAAGUGGUUUUGUUAAAAACAUAAUCAAUUACACUCACCACCAACCUUUUUUUCAGAAAUGUUAAUUAAUUAGAAGCGCCUUAUAGGUGUGUAGUUGUACAUAUACCAUUUUAGCUAAGCAAUUAUCUUGCACAGUUUGUAUUGUCCUGUAUUUUCCUCCAGUUUGUAUUGUUGUAAGGAAGGUGUGGUGAAUGUAAACAUGCAUGAUUCAGUUCUGUGAUAUUACUACAAAUUAGGCAAUCAACUUUUCUUCAAAUCCAAUAACCAAUGUUUUCUUUAUCCUAAAAAUACCAAGACGAUUCCUUACCACCUAAUUUUUUUCUCUCUACUUAACAUUUGAUCUUGAUGGUAGUCCUCUUAUGGAGAUAGAUGAUACUUCUCAGAUAGAGAUCACCUUGAAUGUGAAGUAAAAUUAUGCAAGGAACACUUAAAAAUGGGAAUCUGAUAACAGCACUUCAUUGUAGAGGAAACUGCUCAUAUAAAUAUGUAUAGAUUGUACAGUUAACCAUGAAAUAGUUUUAAAAUAUUGGGAAUGUAUAUUAUUAUUAUUUGUGUAAUACUGCACUGCAUUCUGAUUAUAAUUAUAUUUUAUUGAACUCCUCUCAUUUGAUUGCUAUAGAGAGUAAAGUACAAAUAAAUGAACAAUGUCUCAAUAUUUGUGGCGCAAAAAUAUUUGAGGAACCAUGAAAAGCAAAAACUAAAAUAAUUUCAAAAAGACUUCAAGAACAAUUUCAUAAAAAGGAUGUUCUUAAUUCAAGGAUAGAAGCAUGUCAUGAAACAAUAACUUUUUUAAGUGGUUUUGAUUGUUGUUAGGUAUUCCUUGUAUUUCUCAUUUUGUUCCUUUGUCUUUUAUGUGUUUGCCCUUCAGAAUUAUUACAUGAAAACAAUGCAUAUGGAAGGCUGAAGGGGUUUCUUAGAACCAGUGUUAGAAGCAUCUGCCUGACAUUAAACUGCACUUUAAUUGUUAUAAGAUCCAAUGUAUGUACAUAUUAACCAAUACAGAAUAUUCAUAAACUCUAAUGUGCCUGUCAUCUCUAUUACAAUGUUCUGGCAGCUGUGUUUUGCAACUCAAGAAGUGGCUCAGCCAAGAAAACACAGCUUCUGGAAAAAUCUUUUAGAGAUCCAUUACAUUGCCCUCUCAAUGACAUCCCUGAAAUCUGAGCUGUUUGAUCACAGGGGGUGCACAGUACAUAUUCCAAAGGAAUGGGAAUUGCAUGAAGAUUAAUGCUUUACUCUCCUGUGAAACAGCAAGUGUUUACUUGUAACUAAAUAUCCAUGUGAGAUUUGUACAUUUGAGUGUAUUCCUUAAGGCCCCAGGAAAGCAGAUCUGUUGAUUUCACAGGGGCCAUGUGUUUUUGUUUUUUUGUUUGUUUUUUGUUUUUUUACUGUGGUCUGGAUGUCCACUAAUUGUGCACUCACCAUGUGAUAUCUGUAUCAUAAUUUAACACAGUCAGCUGACCAAUACCCAUGAUGAAAUAAAGUUUUAUUCCACUAUU